UUUCAUCCUAACCUUGAUACUCAGACAGAAGCUUCAAUUCUUUAUUUUGUUUCUUUAACCAACAGCAGCAACCAACAGCAGCAACCAACAGCAGCAACCAACAGCAGCAACAAACAGCAAUACUAACAACAGUAAGAACAAGAACAACUAAUCGCAUGUUUGUAGUCGACAAUUUCAUUUCCUUCCAUGAUCUCACACCAUCCGGCAACUUCCUAUGGGCAUCGUCUUCAAUUGAGGCAUGUCUAGGCUAUGACCCUGAAGAGGUUGUAGGCUGGAAUGCAUACGAUGUGAUUCACCCAGAGGACUUUUCCCAUGUCAAAGUCGUACAUGGGGAGAGUAUGAUGAAUGAAAUGGUUGGAACUCAAGUUUUGUUGCGAAUAAGGCAUAAGAAUGGAGAAUAUGUCCAGUGUAUGGUUUUAUUCAGUAUAUGCUACGACUACAUCGUCUCAUGCUUCACUCUAGUUGAUCAGUCAGCAGGAAGCAUUCGAAAAGUUGGCACCUAUUCUGCUGCAAUGACCAGUCUCGUAGGGUCUAAAGAAGAGGAAUUUGCACGUAUUCGACGCCAUCAUCAAGCUUUCCGUGCAAACACAUGGAACCCUGAUAGUCUUGAGUUAGAACCUCGUGUCUGCAUGUUACUCAAUCGUUUCUCUCGAAGUCUUUGUAUCAUGUACGCAUCUCCAUCAUGUGAGAUGAUCUUAAAGAUCGAUUCUGACUUGGUAGUUGGCAAACCUUUCCUUUUGUAUGUACGGUCAGACGAUUUGGGUAGAUUUGUAGAACAGGUUGAUAUUGCAAAAUCUUCUAGUGCUGUCACUCAUAUGAAGCUCUGGUUCCAAUCACCUGAUUCUCGACAAGAAAUUCCAUGCGAGAUCAUGUUGUUUGGUGCUGCAGACGGCAUGAUUGCAAUCCUUAGACGGUGCAAACCAUUUGUACGGAAAUAUUUGAUCACCGAAGCCCCUCCCUCGGAAUACUUUGCAAGCGCGUCAUCAGCCAAUUCAUCAUUCACUUACCAUACAGACAUCAGUAGCGGUUAUAACCGCUGUAGCAACAACAACGAUAGUUACACCUUCAACGUCGAUUCCAAUUUCAACGUCAGCAGUAGUUGCAGUAAUAGCCAAAGUAACAGCGAUUGCAACAUCAACAAUAGAGGAGAUCCUCGUUUAAAAUACAUGUAUAGCAUCGAUGACAGGAGUGCCCGAUAUAGGACCAGUAACUCUUCAGUCGAGUCGGCUGCUUCCUCCUAUUCCUCAUCUACAUCUGGGUCAUCAUUCAAUCACUUAGGCCACAGAGCAUAUGGAGCUCCCUUACGCAAUCUGCCUAUUGGAUCAAUUAACAGCAUUCGAAACUUGGAUAAUGGGCAGAAUGAACUAAGGCCUCUAACGUCAAUAAAGGGCGAUGAGGUACAGAUUGUGGAUUCUGAUACAGCAUUACCAGAAGGCUACCGGUUACGGAGGCAUCAUGUCGUCGAGCCUGAUGUGGAGGAGACAGGACUGGAGGAAUAUAUCGAUUCCCUCGCUCUACACGAGGAGCUUCAAGGAAAGCACUGCAAAGAUACUUUCAAAGUACCUCGAGAUAUUUAUACAGGGAGCAUUGAUGUAUUUGAUACGGUGGAUGAUGAUGGUUGUAAUAGCAAGUAUCCGUAUUUUGAGGAGGAGUAUGAGGAACUGCAGAUGCCAUCAUCACGUGUGGUCAGGUAGUAAUCAUUGUUAAUAUCCUAUUCCUCCCACCAACAUGUACAUUGCUUAGAAAUAUAUCGCUAUGAUGUUAGCAGAGUAAGCUUGAAGAAUAAAAAGUACAAAC